UUAAAAAUCCAAAAAAAAGUCGUCAGUAAUUUUCACCACCAAGUUAUAUUAAGCUUAUACAUCAGUGAUACCUCUUGAAUAUUCAAUCCAUCAAGUUUAGUCCAUUAUCAUGUCGGACACACAUUUAAAGAGGGAAGCUAACGUGGAAUCGGAGUUCGAUUCUAUCGAUAACUCGGAAUCCUUGAAGAGUGAGCAAGAAUCAAUCUCCAAAAAACGUAGUCUUGAUGAACCUGAAAAUGACAACGUCGAUGACGAAGAAGAUGGAGAUCAAAACGGAGAAGAUGAAGACGAUGAAGACGAUGACGAAGAUGAAGACGAUGUGGAAUUAUCAAGCAGAAAAAGAAAGAGAAGAAGAGCAAAUCAGUUCAUUGAUAUUGAAGCUGAAGUUGAUGAUGAAGAAGAUGAUGAAUUAGAUGAAGAUGAUGAAGAAGCUGAACUUUUAAGAGAACAAUUCAUUUCAGACGAUAAAGGAGCUGAAGCAAAUGAAGAGGAGCAACAAGAUGAUAGACUCCAUAGACAAUUUGAUCGUCGUCGUCAAGAAGCAGAAGAUCAAGAUGCAGAACAACUUGCAGAGACUUUGAAACAAAGAUAUAGAAAGACCCAUACAGUAUACAGAGGUGAUACUACCACAAGUGGAACUGUUUCUCAAAAAUUAUUGAUGCCUUCUAUCAAUGAUCCUUCUAUUUAUGCUAUAAGAUGUACUCCUGGUAGAGAAAAAGAUUUAGUAAGAAGAUUAUAUGAUAAAAAGAGAACCUUGGAAAGAACGAAUAAUCCAUUGGAUAUUUUAACUGUAUUCCAAAGAGAUGCCUUUAGAGGUUAUAUUUAUAUUGAAGCUAAAAGACCAGAUGCUAUUGACAAAGCCCUUUCUGGUAUGAUCAAUGUAUAUAUUAGAGACAAGCUUUUAGUUCCAGUGAAAGAAUAUCCAGAUUUAUUAAAACAAGUGAAAUCAUCUGAUGUCGAAAUUGUUCCUGGAAUCUAUGUGAGAAUAACUAGAGGUAAAUACAAGGGUGAUCUUGCCACAGUUGAUAACUUAUCAGAAAAUGGUUUAGAUGUUCGUUGUAAGUUGGUCCCUAGAUUGGACUAUGGUAGAAAUGAUGAGUUUGACAGAGAUGGUAAAAGAAUAAGGCUGAAAGUUCGUCCAUUACCAAGACUUUUUAGUGAACAAGAAGCUCGUACUUAUGAUGGUGAAUCUCUUCAACCAGGAAGAGUUGCACGUAACUUUAUCUAUAAAGGAGAAGAAUAUGAUGAAGGUUUCUUAUUAAAGGACUUUAAGAUCCAAUUUAUUCAAACGAAGGAUGUUCAUCCAACAUUAGAAGAAUUAGAUAGAUUCCAAAAUAAUGAAGAAGAUGGUAUAGAUUUAACUGCUAUUGCCACUUCUUUGAAGAAUAAAAAUCAAACUGAAGGUAAGCUGUCUUUCCAACCUGGUGAUAAAGUUGAAAUCCGUCGUGGUGAAUUAGCAAAGACCGUAGGUUUGGUUGUUGAAGGUGCAUUGAAUGAAAUUACUAUUUCUGUUACUGAUAGUGGAGAUCCAAACUUUGACAACGAAAAAUUGACAGUCCCUGCUGCUGAUUUGAGAAAAAUCUUCAAUGAAGGUGACCACGUCAGAGUUGUGGAAGGUAAACAUUUUGAUGAAACUGGUUUAGUAAUCAAGAUCGAUGGUGAUUCAGUAAUUCUUGUAAGUGACCAAACAAAGGAAGAUGUGAGAGUUUUUGCUAAUUAUUUAGUUAAGGCAACUGACGCCACACUGACUAUGAAUGCUAUAAAUAGUAAGUAUGAUAUCAAGGAUUUAGUUCAAUUGAAUGUCUCUUCAGUUGGUGUUAUAGUUAGAGCAGAAAGAAGUUUCUAUCAAGUAUUGACCUCGGAUGGUAGAUUAGUUGAUAUCAAACCAUCAGGUAUUUCUGCAAAGUUGGAGUUGAGUCGUCGUGAACAAGUAGCUACAGAUAAGAAUGGUUUCACUAUUUCUGUGGGUGAUACAGUUAAAGAAGUGUUAGGAGAUAAGAAAAGAGAAGGUGUUAUUUUACAUAUUUAUAAGAAUUCCUUAUUCAUAAGUCUGAGAGAGAUACUCGAAAACUUGGGUGUAUUUGUGACUAACAGAAUGAAUGUUACUACAGUUUCAACUAAGAACUCAAUGGUUUCAAAGAACUUGGGUCCAGAUUUAAAUCGUAUGAAUCCAAAUUUGAAACUUCCUUCUGCUGCCGUUAAUGCUGCUCUUCAAACCAAAGCUGGUGGUCGUGAUAAGUUAUUAUACAGAGAUGUUGCUGUAACGACUGGUCCAUACAAAGGUUUAAAAGGUAAAGUGGUUCAAGCUGAUGAAAUUUAUGUCAGAGUUGAAUUACAUACUAAGAGUAAAAAGAUCAAAGUCGAAAAGCAAGGUUUACAAGUUCUUGAUCGUGGUGAAUGGGUUCCAUAUCUUAAGUUUAUUGGUGCCUCUGUCGAAGAAACAAGAGAUUUCAACAGACCAAGAAAUCCUGCGUUCAACUCUGGAGAAAGAUCUGCAUGGAAUGGUGGUGUCACCCCUGUUGUUGGAGGUGGUGCAGCCUCAACCUGGGGUGGAGAUACAACUGCUUGGUCAGGUGGUAAAACCCCAGCUUAUGGUAGUCAAUCUACUUGGGGUGGUGCAUCAGCUUGGGGUGCAAAUGCUGGUGGUAACUCAACUUGGGGUUCAAAAGGUGGAGCAUCUGCCUGGGGUAAUUCUAGUACUGGUGGAAAUUCAGGAAACAGUUCAACCUGGGGUAAAAAUAGUGCCACCAGUAACAACGGAAAUAGUUCUACUUGGGGAUCUGCCAAGGGUGGUAACUCUACUUGGGGUUCUAACAAAGGAGGUAGCUCCACUUGGGGCCAAGGUGGAAAUUCUACUUGGGGUUCUACAAAUGGUGGAAGUUCCUCUUGGGGUUCCCAAAAUAAAGGAAAUAGAAGUAGCUGGGGUAAGCAGUAAUUUACAUGAACACUUCUUGUUCUAUUUGUUUUUGUUGUAUAUUAGUAAAUAAAACUUAAUCUUUCGUAUAUAUGUAUAAUAAAAGGCU